GGUAUGAAAAAUUGUGCAAAAGAAAAAGAAACAACAAGAAAACGCCAAGCAGCCAACAACAACAAAAAACAAACAAAAAAUUUAAGUAAACGUUGUGAAAAUGAAGAAGAUUUUUUGUUAAACAUUUUAACAAUAGUGCGACGCGAAAAAGGAGCGAACGACUCGAAAGACCGCGUGUGUAAUUAAAUAAUAUACUGGUAAUACAUAAAGAAAGAAACUAUAUUAAGAGAAAAAUCAAUAAUUUUAUAGUGAUUUGUUUUAAAAUUUGAGUUAAAAAAGGAAAUUUUACAAAAUAAAACCUUAAAUUUAAAAAAUAAAAGAAAUUUUAAGUUUAUAUAAGAGAAAACAUUAGAAAAGUGACAAAAUUAUCAGAAAAACACAAAAGUCAAACAUUUUAUAAUUAUUAACAAAAUUAAAAGACAAAAGGGUAAUUUAAUAUAAACUCUUUCAAACUUUGUUAAAAAACUUCCGUUUGCUGGACUGAAUUAAGCAAAUAUUAGCAACAACAACAAAAACGAGAAAAAACGAAACAACAAAUCUUCCAAAACUAGUCUUCUAUUUUAAAACGAUAUAAACUUUUAAUUUCUUUACGAAUAACAAGGAAAACUCCAGCACAUUGUGGUCGCGAGCAAAAUGACACCUUCACAUCGCCAGGAGUUUUGUGUACGCUGGAACAGUCAUUUGGGCAGUAUAGGAGCAGCAUUUCCCCAGCUUUUAGCCGGUCAACGUUUUGUAGAUGUCACAUUAGCUUGUGAAGGACAUCAGGUGCAUUGUCAUCGUUUAGUUUUGGCUGCCUGUUCUUCCUAUUUUGAAAGUAUUUUGGCGGAAAAUCCCUGUAAACAUCCUGUCAUUAUUUUACCCUCAGAAAUUAAGUUAUGGGAGAUACAGGCCUUGGUGGAUUUUAUGUAUAAAGGUGAGGUAAAUGUUACCCAGGCAGGUUUGCCGCAACUGCUAAGAUGUGCCGAACAGUUGCGCAUCAGAGGAUUGUAUGGUUCGGAUGCUGCUCUAAAUCUUAAUCAGCUGAAAGCCAUGAGUGGCAAGGUUAAUGUGGCAAGUUCUAAUAACAAUAAUAAUAACAACAAUAUGGCCUCCAAUACAACGGCGGAUAGUAAUGAAGAUGAGGAGGAUACAGCCACUAAUUCUACAACAACUACAACCGCCACAGCCGCCAGUACUAUACAGACAAAUGCAGCACAACAGCAACAACAACAACUGCAACAGCAGCAACAACAGCAAAUUGUUAUUAAAAAGGAACCCACCAGCACACCAUCACACUCUUCAAAUCACUCAACACUUUCACAAAAUCUACAAGUUUUAAAUCCUGCUAAUCUUAAAACCAUAAUGAGAAAUCCUUUGGCUUUGGCGGCCGUGGCUGCUUCUACAUUUGCCCCUAAUGACUCUGGCGAUGAAUCCACUUCAAAUGCCUAUGAACACUAUGAAAAUAGUCAAAAUGCCAAUACAGCCACGUCAGCACCACCCACCGGCCACUUAAUGCCUCAUCAUAUGGAUUCCACUGUCGAAGAAGAUCAUAACUACGUGGCCCAUGAUGAGGAUGAUAGUUUUGGUGGUGCCAUGGCUGAUUCAGAACAUGAUUCCACCGCCAAUAACUCUAUGCUACAAUCUAUGGAUAAUAACUGCUCCCUUAGGCGCAUACGCCGUUCGGAAGAGUCUUUAGAACAGGCGGCCAAAUGUGUGUCCAAAGGUCAGACCUUCCAAACGGUUAGUAAUAUGUUUAAUAUACCCGUUUCCACAAUACGUUUCUAUAUGGCACGCAAAGGCAUUUUACCCAAACGUAAACGUGGCCGGGGUGCUUCCAAUACCGGAGGUGCUAUGUCUGGUUUAAAUAUGUCUGGAGCAGCAGCCGCCGCCAAUGCAGCCGCUGUUAUGUCUCAAGCUUUGGCUCAAAUUAAACGUGCCGAUAGUCCUAGUGCAGCGCAAUUUGGUGAGGCUCCUUAUCAUUUAAUGGGCUAUAAAAUGGAACCUGGUACCGCGCAUUUGGUUUAAGGAAAUAUUAAGGAGAAAAGGGGUCUCUCCUCUCUUAUAGGCCGCUAAAACUAAAGUUACAUUAAACGAACUUUACAUUAAAAACAGAACACAAAUAUUCAAGAAAAAACGAAAAAAAAAAAUAUCUUUAAUAAAAAACAAACAGAAUCUAUAACAAAUUAUAAGCUUUUAGCUUUUUUUUAUAUUAUUAAGCAAAAGAAAAGCUACAAAAUUGUAAGAAUGUAUAAAUAAUAAAAGCUCUCUAACAGAUGUAUUAUAAAUAUUUAGUAAUUAAGAAGAAAGAAAAAAAUUGCCACAAAAAUAAGUUACUCUCUAACUCUCUUAAUACGAUAA